ACAUCGAUGAACAUCAAGCACAAUGACGAAACUUAGUGGGUUAUAUUUACUGUGGGUUUCUUUUGCGUUCCGAACGGCAUUCACAUAUCCUUAUGGGAAAACCUAUUUUUCACUCUUGUUUGGUGAUUCCUUUCCUGAAGAAAAUGUGGCUGUGGAUAAUACCUUUUUAACUCAAGGUGACAUAUUAAUGGAUGUGAGGCGAAAUGCUGUCAGAGAACACAACACAGUUUGGUUAAGAAGAGUUGUACCAUUUACAGUUGAUACAGUCUUUCCAGCCAGUACUUUGGAACAGAUUCGUUUGGCGAUACAAGAGAUAGAACAAUUUAGCUGUGUUCGUUUCCAGCCACGCCAAAACGAAAUCGAUUAUAUACGAAUUAGAAACAUAUCGGGAUGUUACAGUCCAGUAGGCCGCCGUGGAGGUCCACAAGAUGUGUCUAUUGGAAAUGGUUGUGAAAGCCAAGGUACCAUUAUACAUGAAUUAAUGCAUGCCCUCGGCUUCUGGCAUGAACAUACGCGACCCGACAGAGACCUUUACAUUACCAUCAUCAAAGAAAAUAUUGCAGAAUCCCACACACAAAACUUCCAGAAGAUGACUUUCGAUGAGGUGGACACAUUAGGAGCUCCCUAUGAUUACGGAUCAAUUAUGCAUUAUGCACUGAAUGCAUUUGCAGUUGAUCGCAGUAAAUGGACGAUGAUUCCGAAAUUACCGACAUCAACGGAGAUUGGUCAACGGAAACACUUGAGUAAAAUCGACAUCUAUAAAUUAAAUAAACUCUACAACUGCAAUAUCAGCCAUUGUCAACGGUUGUCCACUCCCCUGCAUGGAUUCAAACAAGGUGAUGACUACAGUGUUGGGAAAGUGGUCUACUUCUUCUGCCAGACUGGUUUCGUUUUGGUUGGCAGCAGCGAAAGGUUUUGUAAAGACACUGGAGAUUGGACAGGAAAUAAUCCGGUCUGUUUACUCCUAUCUGUAGAAUAUUGUAAUAUCGAUAAAUCUGAUCUCUGUGGCUGGAGACAAGACCGAACUGACCAAUUAGACUGGACUUGGAGUCACUCGAGCACACCAACGAUGAAUACUGGACCAAAUAAUGACCACACAAUGGACAAUUCUAAAGGUUCCUACCUAUAUCUGGAGAGUUCUUCACCAGUUUCUCCAGGGCAGAAAGCCAGGCUUAUUUCCACAAUUUUCCGUCCUUAUUCCUCAGACAUGUGCUUAAGGUUUUGGUACCACAUGUUUGGAAGCAGCAUGGGAGAGCUACGUGUUUACCUGAGAAUACGCAGUAGAGAUUCUAACAUCUUCUCCAUUCGUGGAGACCAGGGCAAAGAGUGGCGUGUUGCUGAUGUGGUUAUUAAAUCGACUGUUAACUUCCAGAUUGUCAUCGAGGCAAUAAGUGGGCCAAGUUUCCGAAGUGACAUAGCGAUUGAUGACAUUCUAAUAACCACCUGUACAGAAAUGCAAGAAUACAAGAGACUACUGAAGAACACAAUCCAAAAAUCGAUCUCACAACUUACAGGUAUAGGUCUUUUAAAACGUCAACGCUGCAAUUUUGAUGACGAUUUAUGUGGCUGGACCCAGGAACAAAAUGAUAUAUUUGACUGGACACACCAUUAUGGACCGACGACGACAAUAGGUACAGGACCAUCUUGUGACCGCACCAACUGUAUAAUGGGUAAAUACCUCUACAUUGAAGCAUCUGCCCCUCGUAUGAGAGGAGACUAUUCAGCUAUUUAUUCCCCAGUGUUUCAGGGUUUAUCAACCAAAUGUAUCACAUUCUACUACAAUAUGCAUGGUAUAUCUAUGGGAACAUUGAAUGUGUAUGUGAAAAACUCAACAGGUCCUCACCUUGUAUGGACAAAAUCCAACAAUCAAGGCCCAAUCUGGCAUUAUGCUACAAUCGAUUUCACAUCGAUAUCUCCCUUCCAGGUGGUCUUUGAAGGUGUUCGUGGCUACAGUUUUAAAAGCGACAUGGCCUUUGAUGAUUUUACCCUUGAUCCAGGAUAUUGUAUCGAACAUUCGGUGACAUGUGAUUUCCAACGAGAUCUGUGUUCUUGGAUACAAGACACGCGUGAUAAAUUUGAAUGGAUUCGCCAUUCUGGUCCAACAGGAACUCCAGGUACUGGACCAAAUACUGACCACUCAGGAACUAACGGUUAUUAUCUCUACAUUGAAACAUCGGCACCUCGUAUUGGUGGAGAUGUCGCGAGGAUUAUGUCACCGGUUUUACCGCCAGUAACGGGAGGUUAUUGCUUUGAAAUGGCUUAUUUUAUGUUCGGAAGCCAUGUAUCUAUGUUAACCGUCAGUUUACGGAACCACAACAGGGAAACAAUUUUAUGGAUUAGAAGUGGCAACAUUGGACCCUACUGGAACAUUACUCGAAUUGGUUUCUCAGUUUCAGAAUCAUCACAGUUGAUUAUUGCCGGUGUGGUCGGAGAAUCUUAUCGAAGCGACAUCGCCAUUGAUGAUACCGUACUUACUCGAGGACCUUGCUGACAUUAGAUGAUGAUGAAUGAGAGUAGGUGAGAGAGAGUGUAAGGAUAUAGAGGGUAAGUGAGUGGGAGAGAAAGUUAAAUAGAGGAAGAGAGAGAGAGAAGAGGGUGAAAUGGAUAAAUCAUUGCAGUUUUUAAUAGCAGUUGCGGGUUGACAUAAGUGACAGAGAAAAAUGGGGGAAGAAGCAACAUAAACUGAACAAAGGUAAGGAAAACAUAGAUAGAGUACGCAUGCGAUUUUGUGCCUACAUAUGUGUGUGUGAAAGAGGAGAAUAAACCGAGAAAGAAAAGGAUAUUGAGAGAGAGAGAGUGAGAGAGACAAGAAAAGCAAAGUAUGCAUCCAAUUAUUAUAGAUUCCAUGAGUGUAUGUCUAUUGAGGUAGCAAGUUAAAUAAAUACAGCUAGGCUUGUGACAUAUAUUUACCUGGAACACAAAAUAUAGAUUAUAAACUAUGGAAAAAUUUGUGUAAAGUAUUAUCUCAACAGAUAUUUCAAGCUGGCCAUAACUUGAGUAAUAACCAUAUUCGCAAGUAAUUUGUACAUGGUGUCAUAGGUGUGCAAUCAGCGAUAAAUCCAGAUGGAAUAAUUAAAGUAAGUUAGCUUUCCUUUUUCAAGAGUAGAGAGGUAAAUGCGAGUUGUCUGGUAGUGUUCACAAAUGGAGACGUUUAAAGAGAAGAGAAAGGAGUAUAAGUUGGAUGAAGCGGAAGGAAAUAGUGAAACAGAAGGUGGGAUUAAGAGGUGAGAUGUGAUGAAGAUACACGUUGACAAUAACCAGGUAUAAAAAAGAUAAAGUAAAUAGCUGGUUGAAUAAAUAGUGUUGUCAUUCAACCUCACGGGAUGUGUGCGCAAGGAGCAAUGGACAGAGAGACGUUAGAAAAUUAAGCGUCGAGGUAAGGGAGUGGAGGUAGUAGGAGAAUAAAGUUCUGUGGGAAAAGAGAAUUUUAGCUGAGAUGAGAAAUUAUAAUUAUUUUACAUAAUGAGCAAAGGUCCUAUAGAAUUUGUGUCAGUAAGAAAUUAUGUUAGAGAAUCAAUUAAGUAAUGCGGCCUCGUUCAGGUGCUAUAUUGUGAGUGAUUCCCAGCAAUAUAAUUUACAAACAUGAUUUGCGUUAUAUGUCCAUGAAAAUGAAAAGAGAAAAUAGGAAUAUAAGCAUAGUAUGUAUUCACCUUUGUGUAAAAGUGUAAAGGAGGUGAAAAAACGAUUUCAGUGCGCAUACGCCUUUGUGUCGCCUGAUGAGUGUGAGUGUUUGUAUGCUGUGUGUGCGUGUGGUGUAUACAUAUAUAUAUAUAUGUGCAUAUAUGUGAGGUAUGUGCAUAUAUGUAUGGGUGUGUAGCUGCUGAAUAAGUGUAAUUUUUCAAGAGUUAGUGUGUUCUCUGAGCAACUUUAGGAGUGGAACAAUGAACAAUGAACAAAGAACUAAUCUGAAAGAAAUCAUUUGGACAAAUUAUCACAAAAAGUUUCAAAUUGUAACGCCAAAGAGUGGAAUCAUCAAAUUGAAGCGCCAAAGAGUGGAAUUACGAAAUUGUAACGCCACAGAAGGGAAUUAUCGAAUUGAAACUCCAAAGAGUAGAAUUAUCGGCAGCAAUGCAGCAGUUAGUUGCCAUUUCAUGUAAUAUUGUGGAGCAGUUAUGGCUUACGUCGCCUAAGUACUACCAGGUUUUCUACAAUUAGAAGAGAUUCCAUACACCAGUGAGUUAGUUGGUACAAACUUUAUACUUUUAGUUGUCACAUACAAUAUUACCCAUGAUAUAUUAUAGUUUUACAUAUUCAUCCCAUUGUGUAUGACAGCUAAAUAACAUUUCUUAUGUAGGCAAGGAGAGAUUUUAAAGAACAAACUGCCGAUACUUUAUGGACAGCCACAUUAGAUAUUUGUACUCACAGCAGAUAUUUUACCUGAUACUGGCUGACAGGUCAUGAGACAUCUAUAAGACAUGCAAAGAAGAAAAAACUACUAACUGAGAGCAAAAUAUCAUUUUAUAAUUAUGUCCAUAAAGAAUUAAACCAAUAUCAGAUAAGAAAGUCAACAUAGACCAGGAUAAACAAAUGUUAGAUAAGGCCAAAAUACAAGCGAUUUACAAAUAUUAAAUAAGCAAGCCAAAAUCGAUACAGAUUUACUGUUUCAGCGUUUCCGUCAUAUUUCCUCUCAAGUCAGUCUAAUAGCAACUCACAUGUCUAAAAUAUAUGAUUUUUUCCCUUUGUAAAUAAAUAGUUUUGGCUUUAAUGGAAAUACUGAAUUCAAUAAAAGUAGUAUUCACAAAA